UAUAUUGUAUUGUAGGAUUGGAAGGGGAUCAAAUUCUCAGGGUGCACAUUUCAGCCUGCCUUCUCCAGGGCCUGGCUCUCCAAUCCCCUACACAUUAUCGCCGGCAGGACUGAGAUGAAUGGCAGCCUCUGUAACAGGGAAUAAGAGUGUGAAUGCCCAAUGCAGUGUCAAAGAAUGGCUGUUGAAGGUCAAAUGCUGCCACUGUUGGAAGAGGAAAUAGACAACCUUGGUGACGUCAUGUCAGCUAUCAGGCUUGCCAGGCACCAUGGGAUAGAAAUUAAGAGGGCGAAGAAUCUUGAUGAUAUCAAAUUGAGUAUGCGCAUCCAUGUACUCAAAGUGUUACAGGAACAUGGAAGGACAGAGAGAACAACAGAUGAUGCAGUGGCUGUUGUUGCACGUUUGAUAGAAGCUGACGUCACCAGGAGGAUAAGUCUGGAGGGGUUUUACGACACGGCUGCAACACUGAUGGAGACUCUGGACACCAACAUUGAGCACCACCUAGCGAGGGACGAGUUCACCAUGUACUACAGGGACAAGCUAGAGACGAAAAAGGCUCAACUAGCAGCUGCUGACUGCCCAAUUCUAGUUGCUGGUGAAACAUCUGCAGGAAAAAGCAGUCUCCUGAAUCUACUCCUGGGACAGGACCUGUUACCUUGUUCUCACCUGUCCUCCACAUCAGUCAUCUGCAGACUGAGGUACGGGGUGAGGCGACGGGCUGUUGCUAUGACCCUGGACGGAGUGGAGAAAGAAAUCCCAUUGGAGGAAAACUCAGAUCUAAACGUGCUGUCUGAGUAUGUGCACAACAAGCAAAGAGACCAGCCGCUGCCGUAUAAGAGUGUGGACAUCUAUCUUCCCAUCAACUAUCUGAAGAGUGGAGUUUUCCUGGUGGACAGCCCAGGUAUUGGGGAGAGCCCAGCUAUGACCAGUGUUGCCAUGGACUAUCUCAGUGAAGCCUUUGCCUUCAUUUAUGUCAUCAAUAGUGCAAGUGCAGGAGGGGUACAGGAGGACAGGCUUCAAGCCUUGCUGCAGGCAGUUAACUCCAGGAAGGGUGAGGAUGACCGCCCUCUGUUUUCACCUCGGUCUGCCAUCUUCGUCUGCAACAAGUGGGACCUCAUUCCUCCUAGUGAGCGAGAGGCUGUGAAACAGGACACUAUAAGGAAACUGAAGGCCAGCUGGCCAGGGUUCACAACAGACCAGCUGUUCUUCCUGUCCACCAAGAUAGCAGCAGACAUCAGUGUUGCAGGCUAUAUGGCCUCUGAUUUUGUCAGGCUCUUGAAUGGAAUAGAAAAGCUGCUACCCAUCAGCCUUAGGUCUAAGUUGCAACACCAGUUUAGGUGGCUGGACUACCUGGUGGCCAGAGUUGUGUACCACUCAGGAGUCUAUGUGCAGCAGGCUAAGUCAUCCAAGGCAACCAACAUUAAGCUGUACAGGGAGACUGAAGUCAGACUAAACAAGUUAGAGAAACAGGCAGGACACAUCAUCGGCAAGCUGCAGGAGUUCCUUCAGGACAGGGUUGAGGAAGGUGUUGGCCACCUGCAGUCUGUUCUUCAGUCUGCUCAUGUGCAGCGCAUGAUGUCACAAUGGGAUGAAACAGAUCUACCUAACGGUGAGGACUGGGCUGCCCUGGAGAAGGCCUUGGAAACCAGAAUCAGUGAACGUCUGGCGGCCAUUUUGUCCCAGGAGCACUUCGACUCCUACUUGAUGGACCUUGAGUCCACUAUCACUGAUGAGUUCCGCAAGGAGUUUAGUGUCAUCGAGCAGCAGCUGUCAUGGGUAGAGCAUGCCCUUCAAGGGUCGCGACAGGAUGAUCUGUUUUACCUUCUCCAUGAUGAGGAGUACACCACCAAAGUCCACUCCAUAUUCAACCUCUCAACAGGUCAGAAGUUUGCCAUUGGUCUGAUGUCACCAAUAUGGCUGCCGGUGGGGAUUGCUGUCAGUGCUGUAGUUGCAAUCCCGGUGUUGGCCUACUUGGACAUCAAGGCCGUACGAAAGAAACUGGCCUCUGAGAAGCAUCUAGCUGUCUACCGCGCAGACAAGGUGCAGUACAUGCAACAGCGUGUAUCAACUGCAAUGCAAAGGUUUUCAGAGAAGGAAAACAUGUGCCAAUAUGUCCAGGCUAAAUUGAGGAAUACCGCGGACUUCCUGGUCAAACUGGAGAAGAUCAUCCCUGCAUUGAUCGAAGCUGACCGCUCACUAGUUUCAAGUCUUCAAAAGGAAGAGAGAAGUAAUGAACAGCUAAUGCUGACCUAUCGACCCAUUUAUAAGACAUUUAUGAACUUGCAAGGACUCCUGAGUGCUUUUGAGUACCAACAUGUGCGUGAUUAUGACAUCUCCGAGUCCAACAUCACACAAUCUGGGGUGGAAGUGUCUGAUGGGUUAUUCAGCAUGCUGUACAGUGUGAACAUCCAGAGAGAAUCCACCACAGAAGUUUUGUCUUGCAAAGAAUACAGGGCUCGUCUUGAUGCCGACAGUGCAGCAACAAUCAAGAAAGAGGAGGAGUUCCUUAGACGGGUAGAUCACAAGAACAUUGCAGCACUUCAAGGUGUUGGUGAGAGUGUGAGACAAGGAGUAAGGCACCCAGUUUUACUACUUGAGCAGCUGAAAGGUUCCCUCAGAACAGAAUUGCAACAUCCAUUCCGGAUUCCAGCUCUGAUGAAGAGCCUGUAUGCUAUCCCAGAAGCCAAGGCCAAGGUUAUUCAGAUACUGGAGGGGCUGCUCUACUUACACUGCAGGGGCUUAGUCCAUGCUGAACUGUCAUUGGAUACUGUAUUGGUAUCCAUGGAAGGUGAAGUAAAACUCACAAACAUCGGCCUUCCUCGCUAUGUGGCUGCAACAAAUGACACAGAAGACGCCAUGUUGCCAUCUGCAGUGUACCUCCACCCGGAUGUUCUGCAGAAGGGUGGUCAUUAUGAGUCCUACUGCGACAUGUAUGGACUGGGACUCAUGAUGUGGGAGAUAUGGUAUGGGAGAAGAGUCUACGAUGGAGAAAGUCUGGCCCACCUCCUGUCCACCCUGGGAACAAGACGACCUGGUGACAGCAUUGGAGAACCGCCUAACAGCCACUGGAGGAACAUCAUGGAGGCCUGCUGGGCUGUCCUCCCCACAGACAGAAUGGAGGCAUCCCAGUGUCUACGACAGAUGAGAGCUAGCUCCCAAUGCCAUAGUCCAUGACUGUUUAAAUUCUUUGUUCAACAUUUAUAACUGGCAUACUAGGAUUUCAUUUCCUAGACAUGAUUUAAACACUGAUCUAACAUGCCUUUCCCUUCUGCCCUAUCUGAAUACUAGUAUAUGAUUAUCACCUGUCACUAAGUAUCUAGCAGAUCUCACAAUAUGUUUUGGAGUCUGGAUCCAACUUUAAAAGCCAUGCCUGAGUGUACCAGUCAGUUUGACAUCUCUAUAUCACCUCAGCCCGUCAGGUUUUCCAUUGAUAGAUGUAUGAUGUUUACCUGCUGUAGUGACCAAUAUUCUCGUUAAUUUUCGAGGUGCGGUCUGAGACAGACACGCCUUAUAAUUCUUGCCCUGGGGGACUCUAAGCCUUAACAACAUCCCUGGCAUUAUAGACAAACAAGGGAGGGCAACAUGGAUUUCUCAUUGAUACAAUCAAUGUUGUAUUUCCUCGCUGUUUAAGCUCACACAAUGUAGCCAAAGAUUGCAAUCUGACAACACCACAUUCCAGAUGUAAUAUCUCACAGCUACAAAUGUUAGUAAAUAUUAGUAGAAUAGUUUUAGUAAACGCUAUCCUAGUCUGUAUGCAUAGUGAGAGACAGUUCGUGAGCAUGAUGAGAGACAAAGUCCUUCUCAAGGCAAGACAAGAAAUAAUUAUUGGGAGGAAUUGGAGCACAAUGAGACAUUUCCAUUUCGUGUUGUAUUGUAUAACUGUUUUCUUUCUAUAAUCAAUAUUUAACUGUCACUGAGAUGUCGCAAUGAGAUGUUGCAAUCUUACAACCUGUUCACUCCUGAUUACAAGGAAAAAAUCAAAGACAAAAGUUAAGCAUCA